AUCACCAAAAAAAGCAAAAAAUCCCCAAAAAAUUAACAUGGCUGCAGAGUGUGACAGCUCACAACUUUUGGAAAAUUUCUCAAAAUUAGAUGUAAAAACCUCAAAACGGAAAAAUUCGGUAAAUAACGCAUCGAAUGAUUCACUAGAAUAUGGCCUACCAUUAAUCGAAGUAUACAAGCUUGCCUUCAGUUUUUACAAAGAAAAGGAAGGCAAGGCAGUUCAUUUCAGUUAUGAGGAUAAAUUACAACUCGUCGCGUUCUCCCAACAAGUCCUCCAUGGUCCAUUAUCAGAAGCCAUAAAUAAAUUACCCCCAUUAGGAACGUUAGAUGUUGUAGGAAAAGAUAGGAGAUUAGCGUGGCAAAAACUAGGGAAAUUAUCAGCAGAUCAAGCACGAGCUGGUUUUGUUGAAUUAUUAAGUCGGCGUUGCCCUCUGUUCUCCGCUUAUGUUGAGGCCCAUAGAAGGGAAAAGAAGGAGCAAGAGAGAAAAGCGAAAGAGGAAGAGAAACGUAGACUGAUUGAAGAAGAGGAAAAGCAAAAGAAGGAAGAAGAAGCAAAACUAAUCCAGGAACAGUUGACUAAAGAAGAAGCAAUCAAAAGGCAAAUACAGCAAGCUCUGAAUGAGCAAACUUUUGACCAAUUUAGGAAAUAUGCCGAGCAACAAUUUCCCGGUGACCCGGAAAAACAAGGCGCACUUAUUAGACAAUUACAGGACCAACACUACAUCCAAUACAUGCAACAACUGCAAGCUGCACAAAGAGGAGAGCAAACAAAAAGCGUUGAUGAAGAAAAGACUGAUCCAGACUGGAACAAUCAAUCUAAUGAAGAAAUAAGUUUAAAUGAAUCUUCCUCAAAUAGUUUAAUCCCGGCGAGUAUGUGGACGCGUUCCGGAAUCGACGAAUUCAAGCAAGCCGUUGCUCAGGCCGAAGGCGAUGGGGUUGUGAGGGUCGGGCAUGGCGAGACUGUUACUGUUAGAGUACCCACACAUCCAGAAGGGACACGACUCUUCUGGGAAUUUGCCACCGAUCAUUAUGAUAUUGGUUUUGGGGUUUAUUUCGAAUUUGGGACUCCCACAAGUGAUCAAGUUUCAGUCCACGUGUCUGAAAGCGAUGACGAAGAUUUGGAAGAUUUAGAUGAAGAAAUUUAUGAUGAGGAAACUAUACAAACGGGGGACUUGGAAGCCGGUUCUGUUGCAGUCAAUGGCAUCUCUAAACCACUUCUAACCGAAAUUGUGCCAGUUUAUAGGAGGGAUUGCCAGAGUGAGGUCUACGCAGGGUCUCAUCAGUAUCCAGGACAAGGAGUAUAUUUACUUAAAUUUGAUAAUUCGUAUUCGUUAUGGAGGUCGAAAACUCUCUAUUACAGAGUCUACUACACGCAGUAAUUAUUUUAUUAUGUAUCAUUAGUUUUUUAAGCUUGUUUCAUGGCUUGUCGCUUUACUCUUAAAAAAAAAGUUGACGGAUUUUUGGUUUUUCAUUGAAACUAUUCUUCUAGUCUUGAACUGAAUCGCAAAAAACUCGAGAAAGUAUUGUAAGAAAAAGUCUGUGGUACCCAUUAAAUAAUAAACUAUUUGUGCAAUUUUUAUGUUAGUAGUAAAUAAAAAAUAUUGUACAAAUCAAA